ACAAAUUUGAUUUUUUCUUUUCCGGUCCAAAAUUUCAGCCAUUUUUCUAAUUUCUUACUUCAACUUUGUGAGCCAUGGCCGCUAGUAACCGUCAAGGGCGCAAAAAGCUUGAAAUUAAGAAAAUCGAAGAUGAGAGCCGUUUAGGUGUAUCAUUUACAAAACGUCGUGCUGGUAUAAUGAAGAAAGCGAGCGAGCUUUGCACCCUGUGUGGUGCAAAAGCGGCUGUCAUCAUAUUUUCACCCAAGAAUAAAGUAUAUUCAUUCGGCAACCCGAAUGUGGAGUCCGUGGUGAAUGAUUACCUAAGCGGUAACCCAGUGAGAUUCUUGGAUCCAAGGAGCGCUGCUGGAACCCAACAGGCGGCAAACCUCCAAGCGCUCAACGAGGAGCUCCAACGGCUUGAGGAUCUGGUGGAAGCUCACCAGAGGCAAGCGGAGGUGCUCGAUGAGGCGCGCCAGAAGCGCGUGGACAAGGGAAUGUGGUGGGAUCAGCCCAUUGACAGCCUAAACCUGAGACAGCUGGAGGAGCUGUCCGAUAAAAUGCAACUCCUCAAGGUGAACGUUUGCCGGGAGAUUAACAAGCAGAGGACCGAAGGUGCGGCAGCUGUUGCUGAUGAUAUCCCUACGUUUGCGGUGGCCCCGAUGAAUACUGUUUACGGAGGAGACAAUCUUCCGAUAAAUGUUGCCGGAACCAGUGGUGGCGGUGGUGCCGAAGGAGAGAUAAGGGACGUCCCGUCCUUGCCUGAUCGGAAUCAUUCCGGGGCUUCUGGAUCUGGUCUAAAUUAGCUACACCGAUAGUUUGAUUUGAUGGUCUGAAGUUGCUAGUUGUCGUUUUUUUUUUUUUUUUCUCAUUUUGUUCAAUUUGUUUUAG